AUGACGCUUUUCUACCAGGGAUCCCUUCAGGAGGGCAUUGCUGUUGCUGUGAAAGAUACCAAAGCAGUUAUUUGCUUUGUCCGAAAUGAUGAGGAAUUGAGCUCUACGUGGGAGACGGACUACUUUGGCGAUCAUGAGCUUGCGCAAGUACUCAAUGCCAAAGCAGUUGUAUUGCGCUUAACAGAGGGGUCACAGGAAGCUGGUUUCCUGGCCUCUUUCUGUCCGAUCUCAAAAUUCCCGACUGUUGUCCUCAUAAAGAAUGGCGCGCUAAAGGCAUACAUCGGGCCAGAUAUCUCGAAAGAUGACUUCCAGAAUCGAUUAAUCGCAGCUUUAGAAGAUGAACAGACAUCCGAUCCUACGCAGCAGCCGCAGGGUACUCACGCCUCUACAGCUCCAGCUAAUCCUGCGCCUGCGCCUGCACCAGUCGCUCCCAAAAUCCAGUCCGAGGCGCAAUCUGCAGGGCAACCAAGUGAAAAUGCAAAGAAAAAACGGACACUACAUUUUUCAGCAGGUCUUACGUCUCAAAAGCCCUCCGCCAAAGAACCCGCCGAUCAAGACAUUAAAGGAAAAGCACCUAUGGGAUCUAAGAAGACCAUUGACAAGAAUAGCGCAAAGAGCGGAACUCCCAGCGAACAACCACCCAAGUCUACAGUCCCUCGAGGACCCCCAACCCAGUACCGGUUACAGGUGCGCCUAUUUGAUGGAAGUUCCGUGCGGUCUAGCUUUACGCCCACCCAGAGCAUUCGAAACGACGUACGACCUUGGCUUGACCAGAAGAUGGAAGGCGACAAUCGGCCCUACAACCUUAAACAUAUGUUAACCCCCCUGCCCAGCGAGACUCUCUCCGUGGCCCAAGAGUCGCAAUCUCUCCGAGACUUGGGUCUUGGUUCAAGUGCAACGCUGAUCAUGGUCCCCGUAUCAACAUACACGGAGGCCUAUUCGGCAGCGGGUAGCUUGCCUGUCCGUGGUAUCUCUGCGAUCUACAACCUUGCCUCGUCUGCUGCCAGUACUGCAACAGGUCUUGUGGGCUCAUUCCUUGGAUAUGGCUCGACUACCCCGGCAAACGAUACUACUAACUCGGCACCCUCUCCAUCUACCGGCAAUUCUCAACGUCCUAGGCCAACGGGCCCCAACAUUCGGACAUUGAGAGACCAGCAAGAUGGACGUGGAGAUAGUCAGUUCUACAAUGGAAACCAGUUGAACUUUCAGCCUAGGAAGAACCAGGAUGACAAGGAUAAAUGA